GGAAGGUGAAAUGGAAAUUCAUGUCCUUGGCCAAUCUGAUAUCAGAGCGACAGAGAGGGUUUAAAAGGGCCAGCAGUGGCGCUGAGCUGACAUCGAGGCUCAGACAGAAACCACCAUGAAGGCUUUCAUUCUUCUGGCUCUGUUCGCAGUGGCAUAUGCUGCUCCCAUUGAUGACGAUGAUGACAAGAUUGUCGGAGGCUACGAGUGCAGAAAGAACUCUGCGCCCUACCAAGUCUCUCUGAACUCUGGCUACCACUUCUGUGGAGGCUCCCUGAUCUCCAGCACCUGGGUGGUGUCUGCUGCUCACUGCUACAAGUCCCGCGUCCAGCUGCGUCUUGGCGAGCACAACAUUGCUGUCAACGAGGGCACCGAGCAGUUCAUCAACUCUGCUGUGGUCAUCCGUCACCCCAACUACAGCAGCCGCAACCUGGACAAUGACAUCAUGCUGAUCAAGCUGAGCAAGCCCGCCUCCCUAAACAACUACGUCCGCACCGUGUCCCUGCCCUCCAGCUGUGCCAGAGCUGGCACCCGCUGUCUGAUCUCUGGAUGGGGCAACACCAGCGGCACUGGAAGCUACUACCCCGACCGCCUGAUGUGCCUGGAUGCCCCCAUUCUGAGCGACAGCAGCUGCAGGAGCGCCUACCCCGGACAGAUCACCUCCAACAUGUUCUGUGCUGGAUUCCUCGAGGGAGGCAAGGACUCCUGCCAGGGUGACUCUGGUGGCCCCGUGGUGUGCAACGGCCAGCUGCAGGGUGUGGUGUCCUGGGGUUACGGCUGCGCCCAGAGGAACAAGCCUGGAGUCUACGCCAAGGUCUGCAACUACAACUCCUGGAUUCGCAGCACCAUGUCUUCCAACUAAACGGAUGAUUCUCAGAAUGGGCCAAGAGUCCGGAAUGUUACAUGUGUCAAAACAUAUUUUAACAUGUCUACAAUAGUGCCAAAGUCACUGUGUCUACAUUCUGAAGUAAUGUGGAAUAAAAAAAAAUUUCCAAAAAAUAUUGGCUUGACUUUUCAACUGUUUUUCCAUGAUUACAUGGUGUUGAGACCAAGAGCGUGUUCAGAAAGCUCAUGAUGCAGGUGACAAAGCUGAAGUCAUUUUCUGGGAUGUUAUACAGUUACGUGUGAAUAAAAUAAGGUUUUGUUGUGGUUAAA